GGCCAAUUCAUCGACUCUCUCUCACUUCCACCUACAAAUACCAUCGCAAAACCCAAACUCAAACCCAAAUCAAAAUCAAAAUCAAAAUCACAUUCACAGAGAAAAGGGAUAAAAGAAUCAAAAUCAAAAUCACAUUCACAGAGAAAAGGGAUUUAAGAUGGCUGAUGCGAAGAACACCCUUGAUUCCAUCAGGGAAUGGAUCGUCGACCACAAGCUUCGCGCCGUCGGAUGUCUGUGGUUGAGUGGAAUAACGGGUUCGAUCGCAUACAAUUGGUCCCAACCCAACAUGAAGACCAGCGUUAGGCUCAUUCACGCUAGGUUGCAUGCACAAGCACUGACCCUUGCUGCAUUAGCUGGAGCUGCAGUCAUUGAGUACUAUGACCACAGGACGGGAGCAAAGCAAGAGCGUGUUGCUAAGUUUCUUGAUCUGGAUCGACUUCCACGUAAAGAUUGAGGAGGCCGGGACUUCAUUAGACAAUGCUUGAAUAGAAAACAAAUAUUAUUCUUGUUGAUGACCUUGAUUAAUAUAACGAUAUUAAUAGAUGCAAUAGUCACUGGGUAGUCUGAUCACCGGUAAUUUUGUUGUCAUUAUAACAUUCUUAUACUUUUACAGUGGAUGGAUUUUUUUCUUCAUUUUUUUGUCAUAUAAGGAAUGAUGGUAGGUUCAAGGUUGUGUACUUCUGUUAAGAAGAGAUCAAUGGCUGAAUGGGGCAGCUUGAUUUAUGUACCAGUUUCAUUGUAAAACUAUUUCACAAUCUUCUUUUUGUUUAUGAAGUUUUAUGGUUUGUUUUGAGAAUCCAA